AAGUGUCAUUUCUUGGAACUUAAAAAAAAAAGAGAAGAAAAAAGAAAUCAAUUUCAAAAAUCCCAAUUCUCAUACUCCAUCUCUCUCUCUCUCACUCAUCUGCUUUAUUUGAAAGAAAAAAAAAAACGUGGACUGAAGAAAUGGGUGUACCCGAGAUGGACCCGCUUUCUCAGCUGAGCUUGCCUCCGGGUUUCCGGUUCUUUCCGACAGACGAGGAGCUUUUGGUUCAGUAUUUGUGUAGAAAAGUUGCUGGACACCACUUUAGUCUCGAAAUUAUUGGAGAAAUAGAUUUGUACAAGUUUGACCCAUGGGUAUUACCAAGCAAAGCUAUAUUUGGUGAAAAAGAAUGGUAUUUUUUUAGUCCGAGGGACCGAAAAUAUCCGAACGGUUCCCGACCCAAUAGGGUUGCAGGAUCCGGGUACUGGAAAGCUACCGGUACUGAUAAAAUAAUCACCACCGAAGGUCGAAAAGUGGGGAUUAAAAAAGCUCUGGUAUUUUACGUCGGCAAAGCUCCAAAAGGAACAAAGACGAACUGGAUCAUGCACGAGUAUCGCCUAAUUGAACCGUCGCGUAAAAAUGGUAGCACUAAGCUGGAUGAAUGGGUUCUAUGUCGUAUUUACAAGAAGAGCUCGGGCUCUCAGAAUAAGCAAAUGAUGAUGGCUAGUCCAAUGAGCAAAGAACACAGCAAUGGGUCUUCAUCGUCCUCUUCGUCGCACCUGGACGACGUCCUCGACUCACUUCCGGCCAUCGACGACAGGUUUUUCAAUUUGCCACGUGUCAAUUCUCUGAAGACACUUCACCAACAGGGAGACGAAAAGCUCGGUUUCCUUAAUCUGGGUUCUGGGAAUUUUGACUGGGCAACUCUAGCAGCUUUGAACUCGGUGCCGGAACUUGUACCGGGUAAUCAAGCUUCUCAACCUCAACAAUGUACUGGAACCGUCGGAUAUAAUAAUAAUGACAUGUUCGUCCCUUCUAGUAUCCCUCCUCUCUGCCACGUGGAUCAAUCUCCACCGAAGAAUAAGUUAGAGAACUCGAUGGAUGAAGAAGUACAAAGUGGACUCAGAAAUUCUCAACGGAUUGAUAAUUCGGGCUUCUAUCAGACGAACUCGAACGUUUUGACUCAGAAUUACUCAAACUCGCUGGACCCGUAUGGGUUCAGAUACCCGGCCCACUCAGCGGGUUUCGGGUUUAGGCAGUGAUGAAAUUACAGAAGUAGGAAUGCAUUUUGGGAGGGCAUUAUUGCGAAACUAUAACAAUCAAAGUAGGGAGUGCAUUUCUGUAAAUAUCUGAGAUUCUUUGGGCUAACAUUUUGGCUUUAGAUAUGACCAAAAAAAAAAAAAACAGAGGACUAUUCAAAGUGUUGGGGGUGUAAAAAAAAAAAGGGUAGAUAGCAGUUUCCUGAAAAGGAAAUCAUAAUAAUAGUAUAUGAAAAGGGCCUAAACGGAAUUUCGCCCCCACUUUUUUGCUUGUUAGCAUACAAAUUCGAUGUAUCUCUACUCUUUGUAUAAUACAAUCCAACAAGGACGUGAUCAAUAUUUGGUACAUGUCAUUUUGGAAUCAAAAUAUUGUUUUAUAAAUUUGGUUUCGGUCGCUA